AUGGAUGUCUAUAAUGCUUUUCUUCAUGGUGAUUUGGAAAAAGAAGUGUUCAUUCGUCCUCCUCCGGGUUUCCGUACUGCUGAUAAAACUCAAGUCUGCCGUUUACACAAGUCUCUUUACGGUCUAAACCAGGCGCCUCGUUGCUGGUUUUCAAAGCUUUCUACUGCUCUUAAGGACUAUGGUUUCACUCAGAGUUUAAAGGACUACUCUUUGUUCACAUUUGCUGCUGACGAUCGUCACAUUCAUGUCCUUGUCUAUGUUGAUGAUCUUAUUGUUACCGGGAGCUCCUCUAUGGUCAUCACUGAUUUUAAAGAAUACUUAAGUUCUUGUUUUCAUAUGAAGGAUUUUGGUAUCUCUAAGUAUUUUUUGGGUAUUGAAGUUGCUCGAAAUUCGACAGGUAUGUAUCUCUCUCAACGCAAGUACAAGCUUGAUAUUAUUUCCGACACGGGUUUACUUGGCGCUAAACCGGUGUCUCAUCCGAUAGAACAAAAUCAUCAUUUGGCUACAGUAGAUGGUGAGUUGUUGCCUGAUCCUUUUCACUAUCGACGUUUAGUUGGCCGUCUCAUUUAUCUGGCUGCAGCUUGUCGUGUUGUUUGUUACCUCAAGGGCAAUCCGGGUCAGGGUAUUUUACUCCGAGCUGGUACUGAUCUUCGUCUCUCGGCUUGGUGUGAUGCUGAUUAUAAUAGUUGUCCGUUGCAACGACGAUCCCUAACUACCUGGUUUAUUCAAUUGGGAGGAUCUCCGUUUUCUUGGAAGACACGGAAACAGGAUAUCGUCUCUCGUUCUUCGGCUGAAGCAGAGUACCGUGCCAUGUCGGAGACUGUGUGUGAGAUUUUGUGGUUGCGGGAGGUUCUUUUCUCCAUGGGUGUUGAUUGUUCUGCUCUGGUGCCACUUCAUUGCGAUAAUGAGGCUACUAUUCACCUGAGUAAAAAUCCUGUUUUUCAUGAAAGAACGAAACAUAUUGAGUCGGAUUGUCAUUUUAUUCGAGAUGAGAUUGUUAAAGGUGUUAUUGCUCCUCAGCAUGUUUCGACUAAGGUUCAGUUGGCUGAUAUUCUUACGAAGGCUCUUGGUCGCAAGGAGUUUGAUGAGUUUUUCCUCAAGUUGGGUAUUCGUGAUCUUCAUACUCCAGCUUGCGGGGGGGGUAUUAUGAGCCAAGGCUCAUAUGUGUAA